AUGUCCUGGGUAUUAGGCCUCAAUUUUGCAACUCUUACCAUUGGAAUGGCAACUAUCUUAUUAUUAUACUACAUGCUGAAAAGACCCAAGAAUUUUCCUCCGGGUCCUCAUGGUCUGCCUAUCAUUGGAUAUGUUCCGUUUAUGGGGAAAAAUCCAGCGGUGCAUUUGCAAAAAAUAUGGAGGAAAUAUGGAUCUGUAAUGUCUGUUCAAUUUGGACGGGAAUUUUGGGUUAUUUUGAACGAUUACCAAGUAAUAAAUCAGGCACUGGCAAAACAAGGUAAAAAGUUCUCUGGACGUCCUCAGAACUUUGUGUUUGAUUUGAUAACUGAGCAACGAGGUAUCGGUUUUGCAGAUUAUGGACCAACAUGGAAAGAUUUUCAUAAGUUUGGCCUGAUGACGUUGAGAGGAUAUGGUGUAGGGAAGAAAGGAGUGGAAGAAAAUAUUAUCGAAGAAUCUCAUUUGUUAAUAGAAAAUCUUACAAUAAAUAACUCCCAAGAUUUGCAGAUGAAACUAACUCUUGCAAUAUCAAACAAUAUCAGCCGUGUUGUAUUCGGUUCGAGGUUCGAUUACGAGAACAGAAGACUUAUUCAUAUGAUUGAAAUACUUCGCAAAUUGAAAAAAUCUAAUUUUUUAUUUAUUUUUUUUUUUACAAUCUACAGUUCUGAAGAUUGCUAUGAAGCGAAUAUGUUGGCUUUAAUCACCCUAGCUCCUAUGUUGAGGUUUAUCCCUCCUUUCAGUGGUGUUGUCAAAUUAAUUUCAUCGGAAAGAAAAAUAAUGAUGGGAUAUCUGCAAGAUAUCAUCGAGGAACACGAAUCAACUUUUGACGAACAUCACCUGCGAGACUUUACUGAUGCAUUUCUUAAAGAAAUAAAGAAUGCCAAUAAUAAGAAUUCUAGUUUUAACAAAUUGCAGCUCGUCCAUUUCAUACGAGAUCUUUUUGAAGCUGGAUCAUCUACUUCUAGCAGCACUAUGAGUUGGGCUUUUCUAUGUUUUGCUCACUAUGCAGAAUUCCAAGAAAAAAUAGCAGGGGAGAUUUCAAAAACACUAGGCGAAAACGGAAUUCCAUUAAUGAAACAUCGAGAUGAGUUGCCGUUUACUUGUGCUUUCAUACAAGAACUGAUGAGACAUAGAACUCUGGUACCUUUAGGUGUAUUCCAUAAAACGAACGAAGACGCAAUUUUACAUGGAUAUACUAUCCCAAAAAAUACAACUAUUUGCCCGAACUUAUGGGCAGUUCAUCACGACUCACAGCAUUUCGAAAACCCGGAAGAGUUUCGACCUGAGAGAUUCCUCGACCGUGACGGAAAGUUCAUCCAAUCAAAUUACGUGAUCCCCUUUUCUGUCGGCCCUCGUCGCUGCAUUGGAGAACAGCUAGCAAGAAUGCAAAUUUUCUUGUUGAUAGCAGGAAUUGUACAGAAGUUGAGAAUUGUGCCGGAUCCUGACAAUCCCCUACCAUCUUUUUGUGAUGGUGGGAGCAGUAUGUUGAUUUAUGAGCCACCUAACUUUGAGGUUCUUUUUGAAAAAAGAUAA